AUGCUCCGAUUGGGAACCAUGCUGCCGCUGGCAGCAGCUGCGGCACCGACUGUUGCGUCGGCCUUGGCGCCGGCUGUCGGCGCUGCGGCAUCGCGGGUGAUGGCACGGACAUUUCUGACUCGCGUCCACACAGGGACAGUCAAGACCAAGGAGGUAUUUGGCAAGUAUAAGGCUGUGCUUGAGCCUGGCCUCCACUUCUACAUUCCGUUUGUGACCGAGAUUUCGCCCGAGUUGUCGACCCGAGUUGAGCUCAUCGACGUCCAGUCGUGGAGCAAGACCAAGGACGGCGCGUUUGCCAGCGUUGACAUCCAGCACGCGGUGCGGAUGCGGGCCAACGAGGAGGACGUCUGUGCCUUUGUGUACAACAUCGACGACUUCAAGGAGAUUCUCACCGCGCGGACGAUGAACCUCAUCCGCUCGACAACCUCGCAGGUCACUCUCGACCAGCUGUUCGAGUCGGAGCACAUGCUGGUGGCCGAAGUCGAGGAGACGCUCCACCCGUGGGCGUCCAAGUACGGCGUGACCGUCGAAUCGACGUCGGUGGUGAGCAUCACGCCCGAGGCUGCCGUCCGCAAAGCUAUGAACGCUGUCCUCAUUGCCGACCGCGAGCGCGAGGCCACCCUCCACGCUGCCGAGGCUGAGCGGCUCGAGCUUGGAGAGGGCAUCGCUGCCAUGCGCCAGGCCAUCAUGGCCGGCUACAACCGCUCCGUCGCAGAGUUUGUUGCUGCCUCGGGCGUUGAUGCCACCGAGGCUGCCCGCAUUGCCACAACAGUUGACUACCUCGACACUCUGCGCCAGAUGGCCCGCGAAGGCGGCGUCAUCUUCAUGCCCUACGGCCCGUCGUCCGAUGCGCUCGGCGGCAGCCCGCCUACAUCCGCUGCACACGCGGCGGCCCCGCCCAUCGACCCAGCAACUCUCGAGCUCGCCAUUUCCAAGGGCGUCCUCACUGCCAACGCUGUCACCGACGCCAAGGCAAAGACGGCCGAGGCCAAGGCGGCUGCAACGUCGCAAACCUCAUAG